AUGUUGGGCAAAAUGAAGAUAACUAAUUUGGUGGUAUUAUACAUUCAAUUCUUUUUUUUUUGUAAAAGUGAUGAUAUACCAUUUCAAAGUUCGGAAAAUUUGUUAAAUAAAAGUUUGAUGUAUGUAAUACAUAAUAAUUUCAAUGUUAAUGGAAUUAUGAAAAUAAUUGAAAAAAUGUUUAAGAAUAAUAUGGAUGAUAUUGAAAUGGAAGAUAAUGGUGACAUACAAAAUCUGAAAAUUAAAGAAUAUAACAUUGAUAGUAAUAAAUACAAAUUAACAUAUUUUUCUUUCAAGGAAUAUUGCUUAAACGAAGUUGAAAAUGGGAAAGACUGCAUGAAUUAUAUGGAAAAGGAUGUAACACAAAUUGCUAAUAAAAUUGAUAGUAAAUUUUAUUCUAAACAUUUCAAAGAGAUAAAUUUGUUAAAACAUAAUUUAAACGAACUAGCUAAUUUGUUAAAAUGGUUAAAUGAAUUAAAUAAUGAAAUAUUUUAUUUUUUUGAGAAUGUUAUAGAUUCUAAAAAUAUAAUUAAUAAUAUGAUGACGAGCAAAUCGAGAAGAGCUUUACCAUUUAUUAAUCAUUUUGAAGAAAUGGUUUAUAAUUUAAAAAAUGCUGAUAACUCAUUUAGUUUUCAUAAUAUGAUUAUGCAAUUUGGUGAUGAAUUAAAUAUAAUAAUAAAAAAUGCAUUAGUUGAAUAUGUUUAUUUACAUAAACAGGCAAAGGAACAUAUGAAACAAUUAGAAAAAUAUAUGGAAAAAAAUGUUAAAGUGCUAACAAAAAUGCAUAAAAAGAUUUUUUUAAGUAUUUUUUAUAUUACUUCAGAUAUAAAUAAAACAAAUGAUAAAAUCGACUUUUUAAUAAAUAAAAAUUUGAAUGAAUUCAAAGAAUGGGUAAUACAUGAAAAUAAAAAAUGCACAGAUAAUUUAAAAAAAAUAAAAUCAAAUAUUGAUUUUAAUUUCGAAAAUAUUAAUGAAGUUUUUGAUAAUUCAAAAGAAAAACUAAAGAAUGAUUAUAUAUCUUUUAUUGAUAUAAGUAAAUAUCUGUCCUUUCAAAAUCCAAAUAAAACAAUUUUGUCUAUCAUUCAUUUUCUUAAUAAUAAAUAUUCAGAUGAUGUUGAUAUAAUUUUUUUAUAUAAUGAAGAAUAUGUCGAAUUUAAUAUAAAUGAUAUUACUUACGAAAAUGAUACGAGUAAAAAUAAUGAUAAAUCGGAGACGCCUAAAGGAUAUAUUAAAUUUGAAACAAAUUUUAAUUUUACUGAUUUAGAUAUUAUUGAAACAUCGAAAUAUGAAGAGGUAUUAAAAUCUUAUAACAUAGAUAAUAAUUCCAAUUUUAAACACAUUAAUAAAAAUAAUUUUGAAAAAAUAAUAGACGAUAUAAUUCUUAAUAAUGAAAUGUUGGAAAAUGGUACUUGGAUAAAAGAGAAAACAUUUCAAAAUAAUAAUAAUAAUAAUAUUUCAUAUAAUGAUAUAUAUAAUGAAAUACAGAAAGAUACAAAAUAUAUAGAAAACAGUAUUAAUAAUAUUGAUAAUAAUUUUAGUUUUAAACCAAGUAUUAUUAACUUUAUACAAAGUAUUAAAAAACUUUUUAAUAAUUUUAUUUUUAAUUUCGACAAUUAUUUAUGUUCUUUUGAAAAAAAUUUUGACUCUCAAGAUAUUAAUAUUCACGAUUGUGUGGAUGCUGCAGAUAACUGUAUCAAUAAUCCUAUCCCAAUUGAAGAAAAUAAAAAAUUCGAAAAUGAAGCAGAUGCACAACAAGAGAAUCUAAUCGUAGAUUCAGAAAAAGAAAUCAAAGCUAUUUUAGAAAAUGAACCAAAUAAAUCUGAAAUAAAAAUGAAUACCUCUUCAAUAGAACUCACGGACUAUCAAAAAAACGAACAUACAGAAGUCUUAUUAAAUGAUUUGAAAAUGGCACUAAAAAAUAAAAUUAUGCAUGAACUCGAAAGUGCAAUUAAAGAAAUAGUUGAAAAUGAAGUUUCAGAUGUGCUAGAUGAUGAUUUUCCAGAUGAUGAUUUUUCAGAUGAAUUAGAAAAUUACGAAAAAGGUGAUGAAUCGAAUAAAAUUAACACAAAAAUCAUUGAUGCCACAAAAUAUGAGGGUGGAAACAAUUAUAAUAGAACUGAACACUUGCAAGAAAAUAAAACAGAACUUGUGCAUAGUGGUGAACUAGACUUCUAUAAAAAUAAUAUUUUUUCUACUGGCAUAGUAAAAAAAAACGUUUUUGAUGAUGCAAGUGAUGGACAUUUAAAAGAAAAUGAUGAGCAUUUAAAAGAAAAUGAUGAGCAUUUAAAAGAAAAUGAUGAACAUUUAAAAGAAAAUGAUGAGCAUUUAAAAGAAAAUGAUGAACAUUUAAAAGAAAAUGAUGAACAUUUAAAAGAAAAUGAUGAGCAUUUAAAAGAAAAUGAUGAACAUUUAAAAGAAAAUGAUGAGCAUUUAAAAGAAAAUGAUGAGCAUUUAAAAGAAAAUGAUGAACAUUUAAAAGAAAGUGAUGAACAUUUAAAAGAAAAUGAUGAGCAUUUAAAAGAAAAUGAUGAACAUUUAAAAGAAAGUGAUGAGCAUUCAGAGGAGAGUGGUGGAAAUAGUGAAUAUGAUGAAAACGAUGAAAAUAGUGAUAUAGUAGAGAGGCAGAGUAAUGAUGAUGAUAUAGACAAUGGUAUUGAUGAAAAUGAAACCACUGAAAAGAACAGAUUAAACUUUUCAAUAUUACACAGUUCAAAUUUAAAAUAUCUUUGGAGAACACCUAUCAUUAAACAAUUAUACAAUAUGUAUAUUGAACAUAGAAAAGGAUAUAUGUAUAAUAAAAAUGAUGAAAAUGUCGAUAUAUAUGAAAUAGAUAAAAAUGAAUUGGAAAACCAAAACAAUGAUGUAAACAGUUUAAAUUUUAAAGAAGAAUUGAAAAAUAUUAAAGACAAUAUAUUUUAUGCAGUACCAGAUAUUUAUUAUAUUUAUGAUAUUUUAGAUACUUAUCAAAAAAAUAAAAAUAAUGCUUCAAGCAAUAAUUUUUUUUAUAAUACUUUUUAUGGAAAUGAUUAUUUGAUGAUAAAAUCAAAAGGUGUUAAUAUAGAAACAUUUAUUUAUCCGUAUUUUGAAACAUUAAAUUUACAAUUAAAUGAAGCACAUACAUGCUCAUCGGGUAAUUAUUAUUCAUGUAUGAAAAAUUAUAUUAAUAAUAAUAUCGAUAAAGAAAAAUUAAAUAAAAAAACAGUAUUUAUAUAUUUGGGGAUAUUUAAAGACGAAGUGUUUAAGCUGACAAAUUCCAAACUUGAUGAUUUAAAAAAAUUUCAUUUACAACAAUUUUUAAAUAAAGACAUAGAAUAUCAAUUUUUUAAUAAUUUUUUAGUGCAAAAGCAUAAAGAAGAAUCUGAAUUUUUUAGAAAAUUAAAAUUUUAUACUGUACAUCAUUCCCAGCGUACAGAUACGCUUAUGUAUGGUGUUGAUUUUAAUUUUUAUGUUUCAUAUUUUUCAAAAGGAGAUAUAAAUCAUUUGCCUUUUUCAUAUUAUUACGAUUCAAUAAUUUAUUUUAAAGUAAUCUUAGCAUCUUCAAAAUAUGGGGAUCAAGAAAUUGUUCCAAUUGAUGAUGAUAUAAUAAAUCUUGGCUUAAUGCUUUCAUUAGAUAAUAAAAAUAAAAAUGUGCAUUAUUUAAUAAAACCCGAAGUGAUAGAAGAUACACAAUAUGGAAUGUUCAAAAAAAAAAAAGGUAUUGUAAAACUUUAUAAAGUAACUUAUGGAAAUGUGAAAAUUAUACCUUCAAAGGAUAAAUACAAAAUGCAUGUUACAAGAAAUAUGAAUGUUAUUUUACAAAAAGAAGUAACUUUUAAUAGUAAUAAUAAUAAAAGAACACUUUAUUAUAUUGACAUAUUUUACGAUAAAAUGAGCGAAAUUAUGAAAAACAACAUGAAUUUGGAAUUAUUUGGAAAAACAUUCUUUUUACAUUUGGAAAAAAAAUAA